AUGGCGCUCUCCACCACAGUCUCGAGGCGGAUAAAGCGCAAGGCGCCCCGCGCCUUCCUCAAGCGCACCUUCAAGCAGAAGAAGCCGUGCCUCCGUCUGGAGACCUGCUGCGACCUCCUGAUCCAUUUGAAUUGCCUACUCUUUGUUCAGCGAUUGGCAGAAGAGGCCAGGACAAAUGCCUGUGAAAGUAAAUCUGGAGUUAUUAAAAAGGAUCAUGUACUGGCUGCAGCAAAGGUAAUUCUGAAGAAGAGCAAAGGCUAGGUGUCAGCAUGUGCUUGAGAAUUAUAUGAUGUGUUAACUUAAGUCAUAACAGAUCAUAAAAACACUUUGUAUAUAUCAGUUUAUAUUAUGGAUUAUUAAAACAUUGUAUAUGCAUUUUA